CCCCCCCGCGCCUGCUCUCCGCAGCCCGAGCGGCACAUCCUGAGGCGACUGCUGCCGAGGCGGCGGCGGGGCUCGCGGUCGUGGUCUCUGCCGCAGCCGCUGGGGCCGCUCCCACCCAGGCGGCGGGCGAUGGUGCAGCCGGGCGCGCGGCGGCGGGCAUGACGGAGGAUGGAAGGGCAGGACGAAGUGUCGGCGCGGGAGCAGCACUUCCAGAGCCAAGUGCGGGAGUCCACGAUAUGUUUCCUUCUCUUUGCCAUUCUCUAUGUUGCUUCCUACUUCAUCAUCACAAGAUACAAGAGAAAAUCAGAUGACCAAGAAGAUGAAGAUGCCAUAGUCAACAGGAUUUCGUUGUUCCUGAGCACGUUCGCGCUCGCGGUCUCAGCCGGGGCUGCCCUGCUUUUGCCCUUCUCCAUAAUCAGCAAUGAGAUCCUGCUCGCCUUUCCUCAGAGCUACUAUAUUCAGUGGCUGAAUGGCUCCCUCAUUCAUGGUUUGUGGAAUCUUGCUUCUCUCUUUUCUAACCUCUGUUUAUUUGUGUUGAUGCCUUUUGCCUUUUUCUUUCUGGAAUCAGAAGGUUUUGCUGGCCUGAAAAAGGGAAUCCGAGCCCGAAUUUUGGAAACUCUGGUCAUGCUUGUCCUCCUGGCAUCUCUGAUUCUGGGGAUGGUGUGGGUCGCCUCAGCGCUGGUCGACAACGACGCGGCAAGCAUGGAGUCUCUGUAUGAUCUCUGGGAGUUCUACCUGCCCUAUUUAUAUUCCUGUAUAUCAUUGAUGGGCUGUUUGUUACUUCUCUUGUGUACGCCCGUGGGCCUGUCCCGCAUGUUCACCGUGAUGGGCCAGCUGCUGGUGAAGCCCACAAUUCUUGAAGACCUGGAUGAACAAAUUUAUAUUAUUACCCUAGAAGAAGAAGCACUCCAGAGACGACUAAAUGUAGGACUAUCUUCAUCAGUGGAAUACAAUAUAACAGAGUUGGAACAGGAACUUGAAAAUGUAAAGACUUUAAAGACAAAACUAGAGAGGAGGAAAAGGGCUUCGGCCUGGGAACGGAACUUGGUGUUCCCCGCUGUUAUGGUUCUCCUCCUUACCCAGACGUCCAUUUCAGUCCUCCUGGUGGCUUGUAAUAUUCUUUGCCUGUUGGUUGAUGAAACAGCAAUGCCGAAAGGAACAAGGGGGCCUGGAAUAGGAAAUGCUUCUCUUUCUGCUUUUGGUUUUGUGGGAGCUGCACUCGAGAUCAUUUUGAUUUUCUAUCUUAUGGUGUCCUCUGUUGUCGGUUUCUAUAGCCUCCGAUUUUUUGGAAACUUUAUUCCCCAGAAAGAUGAUACAACCAUGACAAAGAUCAUUGGAAAUUGUGUGUCCCUCCUGGUCUUGAGCUCUGCUCUGCCCGUAAUGUCAAGGACACUGGGAAUCACUAGAUUUGAUCUACUUGGAGACUUUGGAAGGUUUAAUUGGCUGGGAAAUUUCUAUAUUGUAUUAUCCUACAAUUUGCUUUUUGCUAUUGUGACAACAUUGUGUCUGGUCAGAAAAUUCACCUCUGCUGUACGAGAAGAACUUUUCAAGGCCCUAGGGCUUCAUAAACUUCACUUACCGAAUACUUCAAGGGAUUCAGAAACAGCAAAGCCUUCUGCAAAUGGUCACCAGAAGGCCCUGUGAGGCACGCAGCACCCACGUGGUCCAGAGGCCCAGGGCCCCUGAACUCAGGGCCUUCCUGGCAUCAGAGGCGGUUCUCACCGACUGGCUCCUAUUUAGGGCUGCUGGCCAGGGCUGUUCUUUCGUGACUGACGGAGAGCGGGGCAUCUCGGACUUCCUCAGGUCAGCUUGGCGGGCCCGGUAGCCUGCAGCCCAGUGCAGGCCCUGAGGACGGCACAACGCUUUGUGGACAUGCUUGCUUGCAUCACUUGACAGUUGCUGUGUGAGAAUGUUGGAAAAGGCAACUUUGGGGCUUUCUAAGUAGUCACGUAAAUUCCUUUCCGUGUGUCAUCAGAGGUGGAUGCCUCCUUGGCACUUGGGUGUGAUGUGAAGGGUCUGUGGCCUGGCUCACGGUAGGCGUGCUGGGCUGUCGUGGUGGCAGACUUUUUUCACUUCCUUUUUUUAAAGAAAAAACCAAAAGCUUAGUUCUGAUUUAUGUUUUGGAAUGGUCUUGAUUGGCACUUGAUUCAAGAGAAAAAUACAAAAUUCUUUUAAAACCUGAGCCGUAGCAGAACACUGCAGGAACACCUUGUGUGUGUGGUGCGUGAUCCUCAAGCAGGAAGUGCCAGGUCACGCUGGGGCUCGAUGUGCAUGUGGCUCAGUAUUACCUCCCGCAGCACAGUUGCCAAUGUCGGAUACACUUGUAACUUAGAGUUUGCCUUACAGGCUCUAUAUACACACAUUUUUAAAAGCGUUUUCUUCAAAAAUCCCUCAGUUCCCUGUGCUCCUGUGUCUGUUAUGAAACUAUAGCUGCUGUGUGGUGGAAACGCCUUCUGUUACCACACUUUUCAGGCUUUGGUUACUUUUGUAUAUGUCAGUUUAAACCUCAGACUUGUAAGUAAGUUACCAGUUCAACAUCCAAGAUGCGUACCAUCAGCACCCACGGCGUAGGACGAUUCUGCAGCGCGCCACAAUCGGAGCAUCAGUCAUCCAGCUGUACAUGAUUCCUGGGGUGGCUUCUUGACUUGAAGUCCACUGAAUGAAAGCUGUAGAAUUAUUCUCUGUGUCACCAUCCACUAGGGUGGAGUACUGACCACUGUGCAUGCAGAACUGGGAGGUGGGCCCCCGUGCACGGGAUGCUGUCACAGUCCCCACAUGCGGGCGCUCACAUGCACUGUGUGUACUGUGGUGGCUUGUCUGCGUUCAGACAAUAGGGAAAGAACAUUUUCUCAAGUUGUUGAGUUUAAAGGGAUUUUCUUUUUUGGAGAAAUUUAUGAAAAACAGGCUGUAUAUAUAUGUGACAUAAAAAAUUUCUACUUAGAGCCAAAAUAAUAGGAAAAAGUUAAUAAGCUCUAUUCAUCUCCUUUGUUUAUGCCAUGCAUUUCCCUCCGAGGUUCUCUUGUUAAAAUAAAGCUUAGUUUUAAAA